AUGACUGAUCCAGUACCUCGCAGUGCUAAAUCAGUCAAAAGUAGACUCGAUACGAUUCAUCAAUCAGAUGAUUUCGGCAAGAAAACUACCAAUGUUUCAAAAGUGCAGUCCCACUUUCUAGUUCCAUCAGAUAAACUUGACAAAGUUACGAGGCGCGUGAUAGCACCAUAUGCUCAAAUCGAGAGAAAAGGUCUGAAAGAAGACGAGGCCAAAGAAGGGACGUAUUUGGAUAUUAACAGAUUUAAUGUCUUCUUAGAAGAUACAGUUGAUCUCGACUCUUUACUUUAUGAAACUGCAAAUGUUUUGAAGGCGGUUACAAAUAGUUCUGGUGUAUUCGUGUAUAUAGUGAACAACAUAAAUAAUGAGAUUGUACUAAUGACGCAAAAUACCAAGAAUCCUGAACGUCAUGAGGUUAACAUUCCCAUUGAGGAAGGUAAAGUAGCGGCCGCUCAUGUAGCAGCAACAAAGGAGUACCUGUUGAUUGAGGACGUACAACACGAUAGCCGGUUUGCUGAAGGUCUCAAGUGGGUAGACGCGAAAGUAGCACUCUGUAUGCCGGUUGUUAAACCAGAUGGUGAUUGCUACGCCGUACUCGAACUAUAUCGAUCUAACGCCGAACCAUAUGAUCACAACAUAGUGUACACUGUGGUUAGUGUGGCGUGCUGGGCAGGCGCGGCAGUACAUCAAGCACAAGCUCGUGUUACUUUGCAACGUUCUGCUCACCUCAACCAGGAGUUACGUGCUUUACUGCAGAAUUACUUUUGCGACCUCGCUUCUAUUGACACCAUGCUGACUGACAUGUUGGCGGUGGUGAAAUCUUUCGUUGGUGCUAUGAGGAGCAGUUUCUUCAUAAUAGACAGAGAUGGCGUUGGGGAUAAUCUUCAAGCUGACAUGUGGGAUGAUGGAUGGGGCUCCGAAAAAUCAACGAUACCAAAGAAAAAAAUAAAAAUUAACUUGAGUCAAGAGCAGACACCAGCGGCUCUGGUAGCUAAAACUGGAGAGCCGCUUAACGUAAGGGAUGCGUACAAAGAUCCAAGAUUCUCAAAAGAAAUUGACCCAACCACAGGCACCGUUGUUAGAUCAUGUUUAGUAUCACCGAUUAUAGACAAAAAGGGGGUCAUAGGUGUUGUUCAACUUACGAACAAAAUAAAUGCUCAGCCGUUCGAUUCAGAAGAUGAAGUGAUAUUUCAAGUGUUUAUCAACUACUGCUCACUCAUUGUGCACUUCUACAACAUGCAACAGAGCAAAAUAUAUCAUGAAAACUUAAACAAAGUACUCAGUGAACUGAUGAAGUUGCAUCUUUCACCGUGUCGACAUGACAUGGAUGAAAUAAUAGAAACAAAUGCAAUGAUGAUACCACCAAAUAAUUUUAGAAGCUAUGACUACCACAUAAGCGAAGGCAGCAAGGAAGACAUGCCAGGGCUUGUUUGUUACAUGUAUAUCGAAGCAUUUGCCGAUGUACACUUCGAGAGACAUAUUUUAGCGGAUUUUGCGUUGACGAUACUGCAGUGUUACAGAGAUAAUCCGUAUCAUAAUGCAGAACACGCCUUCUGUUUCACACAUACCAUGUAUCUAAUAUUGAUCAACAAUAGUGGAUAUUUUGACUUCGUCGAGACAGCAGCACUAAUGCUAGCAGGACUUUGUCACGACCUCGACCAUCCUGGAUACAACAAUAACUUCCUAUCCCUCUGCAAACAUCCUCUCGCCCAAAUGUACAAAUCUUCCAUUUUGGAAUAUCAUCACUAUUUUCUCGCUAAAAAGGUCAUUGAGGAUAAGAACUUAUUGGGUAUGCUGUCGACAGCUGACCGAGACCGCAUCUUGCAAGAGAUUAAAUACAAUAUUCUGUGCACAGACCUUGCUGUUUACUUUCAAGUACGAGCUCAACUGACACCGUUGUUGGCUGAAUGUUCGUUUGACUGGGCUGAUAUUUCUCAUAGGAAAUUGUUAAAGGGUAUAUUGAUGACGACCAGUGAUUUAUCUGGAUCCUGUAAGCCAUUUGGUGUGUCGAAAGGUAUAGCUGAAUGUGUUUAUGAAGAAUUUUAUAAUCAGGGUGAUCAAGAGCGCGAGAUGGGCUACACUCCCCUCAGUAUGAUGGACAGGCGACGAAGCGCCAACCAGCCCGCGGAGCAGAUACAGUUUUUAUCUGUCGUAGUGUUGCCAUGUUUAUUGUUAUUGCAAAACAUAUUUCCUAAUACGAGCCCGCUUACUGAUAAUUGCAGAAAAACCCAAGAAGCGUGGCAUGAGGAAAUAGAAAUACGCGGACAGAAGUUGUGGAGACAAGACGACUCUGUACCAAAUACGAGAAGUCGCGUGGUGUUAAAGACUGCCGAUUAAAUAUUGUAUUUAAAUAAUUAAACUACUUUUUGAAAAUUACAUUAAUAUUGGUAAUUUUUA